CCGAUUUGAGCGGCGCGCGGGGAGCGGCGAAGCGGCUGUCCGGCGCCAUUGUCUACGGGAGCGGCGCGUAGCAUGGAAUUUCAGGCUCUGCAGGGCGAAUGCCCGAAGGAAGACACGCUGGUGCUCAAGUUCAGGGAGACCCGCCGCCGCUUCCAGAGGCGGAUGCAGCAGCUGAUAGCGAAGUAUGAGCACCCCUUCGAGGAUGACCCGCUGGUGCACAUGUCCACGCUGACCUACAAGACGCCCAAGGGAUUGAGAUUUUGGGGAGGAAGACUGAUUACAGAAACAAACCAAGGACAAAUCCAGGAUGCCCUCGGGAACCAAGGUGAUGAGCCUCUACAUCCCCAUUCUCGGGUCUGGGGCACCGAUUCAGGAAGCAGUGACACUGAGGUGGCAGCUUCAGACCAGGAGGACCCGUCCGCCUGUGCCCUGGCGCCUGCAGUGCCUCAGAGCCCUCUGAAAGAUGACUUAAGAAGGAAAUACCUGACCCAAGUGGACAUCCUGCUGCUGGGUGUGGAGGACUUUGAGGGUAUAGAGAAGGGAGUCAGGAAGGACACAACCAGGACCCUGGGCCCUUCCACAGCCUCGCCUGCCAUUCCUGCCCCUGGAUCUUCCAGUGACGACUCUACAGAGAGCCUCGGGAGCCCGGUGCAGCCAGCUUCUUCCUCCACAGCGGGGGGUCCCCUGUACCCCUGCCCAGCAGACCUGACUGUAGUACCUAGAAGCAACAGUCCCUGGUUCCUGGAGACCAGCAGUUACAGCUGCUUGAGCAGCCAGUCCUUCAAGGCUGCUGAUGUUUGCAAUGCAACGAUCAGCGACCUGUACGCGGGGAUGCUGCAUUCCAUGAGUCGGCUACUAAGCAUGAAGCCAGCGUGUGUCAUCUCCACCAAGACGUUCACCAUGCGGCACUGGGGCUCCAGGAGGAGGCGUCCCCAUCGGAGCUGGGCACAGAUGAACAGGACGUUCAGCAUAGGGGCCAGGCACUCCCGGAGACACGCCAAGAGAAGGCCCUACCCAGAGCCCCAGGGAGAGAGACAAACAUUAAGAGACUGCAAGAACUUCCUGCACAAGGCUCGCCACAAGAAGGGUGUAAAGCUGGAAAAACCUUUGCUUGAAGAGAACAAACCCCAGCUCCCGGAAUUAGAUCCUAGCCGGAAAGAGCUUCCGGUGGUACCCCGGAAGAGUUCCUCCUUGACUUACUUAGGCAACUCAGCACGUCUUGACAGGGAGAAACGACUUAUGACAUUAAAAUGGUUAAUUUCACCUGUUAAAAUGGUUUCCCAGCCACGAAUGCUACAGGGCCAUGCAGAGACUCGAUACAGUGAGAUUGAAACCAGAUUCAACAGGCUUCAUCGAGAAUGCUGCCUGAGUCCUAGGAAGCAUCCUCGAGCAGCUGGAUGCUUGGACGCCCUGGACGUGUACAGAAGUGGCUGUGUGAGUCCAGGCAGUCCCCAGGCCUUGGAAGCCCACAGGCUGAGGUUUCCUUUCAGCAGAGCGUACCCUAAAAGCUUAAGUGAGACUUUUGAACACUUGGACAAAAGAUGGGUCAAAGUGAGUAGAUGCCCCCCAAAGGAUUCCCUGGCCUCAUGUUCACAGUCCCAUCUGCCACAAAACACCUGCAUUUCUGCCCCAACGUCCAACCUAUUCCAAGGACAUAAUGCUGGAGCCCUCCGAAAGGCAGCAUCACCCAGCCAAGCUAUUUCAGCACCAGGGACAGAUCCUCUAAGCCGUCCAAAGAGCAGCUAUGCUGAAAUCAAAGCCAGGUUUGACCAGCUUCACCAGAGGAUCCUCCAGAUGUCACCCCAGCAGGCAAAGGUGCCAUCACAUGUAGGCAUGUGUGGGAAUAAAGCCAGCAUGGGAGUUUGGUGCCAGACAGGUGACAGCUUCAGAAAAUUAAACCUAGACCCGGGCUUCCAGGGGCUCACAAGAAGUCCAUGGGGCUCAGUCACUGUUGAGGCUCACGUGUCUGCGGGCACAGCCAUGAAGGACCCUCCGGACCCUGCAAAACGACGCAGACUGUGGGAACCCAUGGUUUGUGGACUCCAGACCUGGCGAACUGGUCACCCCAUCCCAGCCCAGCUGGGAAGGAAGAGCUACGCUUCUGUCUGUCGGCCAGCUCAGGAAAAAGAAGAACAUAACCUUCAGGACAAAAGAGAAAAGUGAUGUCUGUUAGAAGAAUUCAAAACUAAGAAUGUGUAGCCAGGUUAUUUCAGAGCUGUGACCCUCUUGCCUCUUGUUCUCUGCUUUUUGUUUGUAUGUUUUUUUGGUUUUUUCCUCCAGAGUCAGUCUUGCUGAGUUACCAGGCUAGUACUCCUCCUCCAUAUCCUCCUGCCUCAGCUUCCUGUGUAUCAAGGUAGUCAUGAGUCAUAGCACCCAGCUACUCUGUUUUCUUGCCUUACAGUAUUGGUGAUUGGACCCAGGGCUUCAGGCAAAUAAGGCAAGCACUGUACCACUGAGUUACACUUCUAGCUCUUUUUGUUUUAAAUGUCAAGAAAGUAGGAGGAUAUGGUUAAUUUUUCCAUCCUGAAUUUCCAAGCAAAUUCAGGAUAGUCUCCAUCAGAUUGAACUUCUGAGCUCACGUUAUUAAUAUGUAGAUAAGGUUGCUCAAUUUUGGGGGAGAGAGGAGUCUUGCUGUAUAGUUCAGACUAGCUUGAAUUCACUUUGUAGCCCAAGCUAGCCUCAAACUCCCAGUGGUCCUCCUGCCUCAGCCUCCCAAAUGCUGGAAUUACAGUCUUGUACCACCGUGCCCAGCUUCAGUGUAAAUGUUUAAAGUUAGCUCUUACAGGCGUAUUUUCCUUAGGUUUCCUUUUUAAAUUUAGACAUACUCUGAGAAUUCUCCCUUACAUUUCCUGUUACAUGUUUUUAGAAUGUUUGUUUAAAAGCCUACACUUAAACUCUGGACACAGUGAUCCUUGAACUCAGAUCCCCUGUACAGUUUGCUCCGUAUUAGGAAUCUGCAGGCCAGAACGAAAACCGACCAUCUGGAGUGACAGCUGUUGGUACACUACUCUCUGUUAUUUGCAUUUUUUUUUUCAAUAAAAGGUUAAAGCUACAAAA